AUGUUAGGCCAAAGAGUGUUAUUAUGGUUGGCUGUGGUGGGCGUGGCAGAAGUGGGCGUGUCAGCUCGUCUGUUGGAAGGCGUGGUUGCCGGCUUGCGAAAUCUUCCUGUCAUCGGCAACAUCCUACAGGCCUCCUUCCAUCCUGUUUUCCGCCCCGUGUUGCCGUCGUUGCAUCCUGCAGGACACCGAGAGAGCGGCGACGAGGACUUCGAGAGCCCCUGCUACGAGGACCUGGGAUGCCUCUACACCUCCAAGGACUUCUACCACCCGUUCCACCGCCCCGUGAACGUCCCGCCGUACUCUAGGGAACAGGUGAACGUCAGGUACACUCUGUACACGCGCAGGAAACGUGAGGGAACGACCGUCGGCGCCCAGGACGUGAAGCAUCUGGUCAACACGAGUUUCAGUCCUUUUAAGAAAACCAAGAUUCUUAUUCAUGGGUUUCUCGACACGAAUACGGUGACGUGGAUGUUGCCUUCCCACAACAUCAAUCUGUACCCCUCUAAUACUACCAAAAGCAUCUUCUGCAUGACAAAAGCAGCCCUGCCCACAACACCAACCUAUACCCCUUCUAGAUACGCGGGCGAGCGAGUCCCGGGCUUGGGAAGGAUCACGGGCCUCGAUCCAGCUGAGCCCUACUUCCAGCACCUCCCCCCCCGCGUCCGUCUCGACCCGACCGAUGCCACGUUCGUUGAUGUCAUUCACACCGAUACUAACUCGAUCCUCACGCUGGCUAAAUUGUACGCAGGGUAUGGCCUGAGGCAGCCGGUGGGGCAUCUCGAUUUCUACCCGAACGACGGAGGCGCUCAACCCGGCUGCGAGACCAUUGCCCGGGUUCCUCUGACGGCGAUGAUGGAUGGCAAAAAUAUUCUUGAGGGUCUCGACGCAGCGCAGAAAGACCUGGUGGCUUGUCGUCAUUACCGCGCUCCUAAGCUCUUUACCGACGCCAUCUCUUCGUCCUGUCCGUACGUGGCUUUCCAGUGUGAGUCGUACAAGCAGUACCUGGCCGGCCAGUGUACGAGCUGUGGCGAUGACGGUUCAAGAUGCGCGCGCUUAGGCCUAAAUGCGGAGAAGUGGCCGGGGAGGAACCGAACGCAGCACGUCACUAUGUUCCUCUCGACGGCGGAUGGACCCCACUACUGCUUGUACCAUUACCGAGUGAUCGUAGAAGUGGCUCACAUAAUCGGGCGUCUAGGCUCAGUCCGCGGCCACCUGCAUAUCUACGCCAUCAACGGCAACGGACAGAUUCGCGAGCUUCAUAUGACUCACUUGGCGAAGACCUUCCACCCCGGCAGGAGCUACACUUUCCUGGCACAUCACCGGCAGGACCUGAGUGACACGCAGGAGAUCCUCGUCCACUGGAGUUACGAGGCCAGUCCCUUCGAUCCUUCCACCUUCUGCGUUCUCUUCUGCGACACCAGCCUUCCCCUGGGCAGUAUCUCCUUCUCCAGCGUGGAUCAGGUGGCGAACAGACGAUACAACAACUACAUCUCCGAGGGACCAGACAACGUGUCCAUGUGCCACAAGCAAGGCCAUAACCUCAUCCUGAUCAAGAGCGGAGAGACGGUGAAGCUCGCGUCAUCCCCCAAGUGCGACCUCGUGACCAGGCGGCUCCUCGCUCUCCUGGACGCCGUGUCGAGGCCGCUCCGUUACGUCAAGGCGAUUUCCGAUUCUCCAGAGAUAAUUGAGCCUGUGAACUGGGUCGUGGGUCGCCUCCACGAGGUUCGCGAAGCACAGGUGAUGCAACAUGGCUCAACGGUUGCACGGCGCCACGAGGCCCGCCAAGACAUAAGACCUACUUGA